AUGGUCUUUGAAGAAGGCUGGAGACGUGUGCGUGGAUAUCCUCCGUACUUCACUACUGCACCUGGUACAUACACAGGCUCUAUUGACAGCUGUAGAUCCCCCAUUUCCAUUCCAGACUACGGAUCACGUGCACCGCCCCGACCGAACCGAAACGCCUGUAAUCUCCAGAAGGCGGGCGGCGAUUCAUCACACCUUGUCAGCUUCCCUCCAACAACGCAUCCUACUUUCCCUCCUGCAUUCCAUCAUCCCGCCACCUUCCAGCCGCACUCCGACCCUACUCCUUCUCGCUUUUCACCGCACUCCCAGCCGUCGAGUCUGUCGUUGCGAUUUCCCGCCUCAUCCCCUACGAAAAGGAACAGGCAACAGCCCGUCACCUCCAGCUCGCCUUACGAUCCCUACAUCCCCUCUGGAUCCAACGGGGCCAGUGCCAGUGCUGCGCAGAAUGGCGACCCCAGGACAAGGGAAAUCGACAAAAAAAUCCAAGAAACGGUCGAUACAAUGCGCUCAAACAUCUUCAAAGUUUCGGAACGUGGUGAACGUCUAGACUCUCUUCAAGAUAAGACGGACAAUCUGGCCACAUCAGCCCAGGGAUUCCGCAGAGGCGCCAACCGCGUGCGGAAGCAAAUGUGGUGGAAGGACAUGAAGAUGCGCGUGUGCCUGAUUGUCUGUAUCAUUAUUCUGCUUGUAGUGAUUAUCGUUCCUACGGGUAAGAUCUGCGCUCUCCCCCCAGAACAUUGCGACUCUGUAAAAGGUCCCGAAGGCGCUAACAUAUCCUCCUUCUAG